UCCUGACGUUUUGUUAUUUUGUGCGGGUUCUCCCAAACACAAAACGUCAUCGACUGGAUACACCAGGCAUAUAUUUUAUUUAAUUUUACUGUUCAUAUUGUUCUGUCAUACUUGUUCUUUCUAAGAACAUUGUGUCAAAAUGAGUGGUGAUGAUGGCAUUCCACCACAAGCUGAAGAGACUGAUGUUGGGCCGGGUCAGUUGUAUGCACCUUUUCUCUUAAUGGAAGGUGUUUUAGACAAAUUGAAGCUGCUUAACUAUGACAAAGAGUUCAUUCGAGAGUUAAAAAUGAAGCCUUUAAAUAGGCACUAUUUUGUCAUUGCGACAAAUCCAGGGGAGCAGUUUUUUAUGUUCACCUCAGUGGCUGCUUGGUUGAUUCGCAAAGCAGGAGGAAAGUUCGAGCAACCACAAGAGUUUGACGACCCAAAUGCUGCUAUAGCAUCUAUUCUUGACUUUAUUCGUAAGAUUGGCAUGAAUAUAGAUUUUCCUCCCAACCGACUAAAGCCAGGAUGUGGUCAGCAUGUUGUACUAGUCUUGGACCAAUUGGCAGAAGAGGCAUUGAAAGCUACCAAAUUUAAGUGGAAUAAACCUGAGCCUAAACCUGAGGUGACUGAAGACGAUACUGUGGAGGAAGAUGAUUCAGAACUGCUCUUGGAACGUGUUGAAGAAGAAAUGGCUGCUGUUUUCUCUGAUGAUGAAGAUGAUAAUCUUUUAAAUGUUGAUGAUCUCCGCACCAUACCAGGAGUUGAUAUGAAUAAUCUAGAGUCUCAAAAACCUGAAGAGAUCUUAGAAUCAACAACUACAAGCGAAGAUUGGCAGUUAGAAUUAGAGAGAGUGCUUCCGCAGCUGAAAGUCACCGUCAAGUCAGACUCUAGAGAUUGGCGAAGUCAUCUUCAACAAAUGCAUACUCAGCAUGAUGGCAUUAAAGAGUCCCUCUCAUCUGCAAAGAUCAGACUUGAUAAGUUAUUUACCGACACCACUCAAAUAAUGGACAAAAUUAGAAGCAGGGAAAAAUUUCUCAAUAGUCAACUUGAUCCUAUCCUUGUUGAGUAUAGAACUGUUCAGGCUGAACUUGCAAGAGUAUCAGAACAGUAUCAAGAGGUAAAUGGGGGUGUAACUGAACGUCAACGAGUUUUAUCACUUGUAACAGAAGAACUAGAUGCUGUCAAGCAAGAAAUGGAAGAGCGUGGUUCCAGCAUGACAGAUGGAACUCCUCUUGUAAAUAUAAAAAGAGCUGUGGGUCGUAUGAAAAGUGAAAUAAUAGCAAUGAAUGUUCAAAUAGGAGUUCUGGAACACAGCCUUUUACAGGCUCGACUGAGGGAUAAGUCUAUCUUACAACAAGAUAUGAACAGCAAUUCCUACUUAACUGUUUAGUUGAGCAGCUCAACUUAAUAUUUGUGCACUCAUCUCUGUGGCUUGAAAGAGAUUUACAUAAAUUCAUUCCGUCCAUUUCACUAAAAAUUAACUAACACAGAAAGUUGUCAUGCCUCACUUUUGAAAGGGUAAAAUUGAGUCCCUAAAUAUAGCUAGAAUCAUCACCAAACAA